AUGAUUAGCACUUCCCUUCUUCCUGAAACUAAAUACAUGAAAGGUACAGCCCAAGAGCUCUUUGACGGCAGAUCAUCAAGAAUGGAGCUUCAUGGCCUCCUCAUCACUUUUGUUUUGCUUCUGCCACAAGCAAAUUGCCAAGGAUUCGAAGUCUUUCAGCCUCAGGGCCAAAUGGAAGGUGUGGAGAGUAGCAACGUCACUUUGAUCUGCAUUGUGUCCAGUGAGACUCCAGUGGGACCACUGAGGUGGUACCGAGGUGCUGGCAGCAAGCGCACACACUUCUACUCAGCAGCCCCCAAAGGAGGAGAUACAAAUGACCCUCGAGUGACCUGGACAAUGGAGAACACACCUGUCAACUACAGCAUCACAAUAAGAGACCUCAAAGUCAAUGACACAGGAGAGUAUUACUGUGUAAAAUAUGCAAAGACAGAGGAGAACAAACCACACACCUCAGGACCGGGGGUCAAACUGACUGUGAAAGAGUUCACCGUCAAUCAGUCACAAGGCUCCGUGGAUGCAGUAGUGGGAAGUGACGUGACCUUACUGUGCCUUCUGUCCAGUCCGCUUCUAAAAGGACCGGUCAAAUGGAUGAAGAAAACAAGUAACGGGCAAGAACACAUCUACUCUUUAUCAUCCUCAGGAAGUGAAACAAUUGCCCCCCGAGUGACCAGGACAGAAGCGAAAUCUACCGUCAACUUCAGCAUCACCAUUAGGUCUGUUCAGCUUAAUGACAGUGGAACGUAUUAUUGUGAAAAGUACAAAGAUGGAGACAUGAAUACACCCUUCAAAGCGAAAGAAGGGGUCCAACUAAAUGUGAAAGGGUCUCCCAUAAUUUCUGUCUUCCUGUUGAGCAUAGCUGUUGGAGUUCCUGCUGCUGUCUUCCUUAUUGGAAUCAUCCUUUGUGUGGUGUGUAAAGCUCGGAGAAAAGGAGACCAAAACGAAGAGAAAAAAGAACCAGAAUAUGCUGAUGGACAGGAACGCAAGGAAGGACAACAGGCAGCAGAGGAGGACCCUGAAGACACGGAAUAUGUAAACAGAAAUCCCAUUUAUGCUGAUGGCGGAAAGGAUAAAAACAGAAAAGGAUGCCGCAAAAGCCUGGAGGUGGAGAAUCUUGCAGACUGCUUAGAGGUAAGGAAGCAUCAAGUGAAUUUCCAGUUUGAUCAGCAGUUCAACGGGGCCACUGGGGUCACCAGGUAUUCCUGCCCCCUCAGACCUACCACCUGA